AAGAACCGUUAAGAAUCCCAAGUUGAAGUUGAAAUUUGCCUAAAAGCUUAAGUGUAGAAAACAAUAUAUACUGUUAAGUAAAUAAUUAUGUGCUUAAAAGUGUAUAUAAGGUUGGGACCUUGGUACAUUGCUCUAAGUUGAAUUAUGUUGUUUUUUGACUAAACAUGUUUAGUUUUUUCGUGUUUUUCGUUAGUUUUUCUUUUGUUCGUGCGGGGUUUUUUGAUUUAACCGAUGUGGAGGAUCCUUUUGCUUUAUUAUGGCACUUACCUGUACAUCAAAAAAUCACCCAAUGCAUAAUAGACACCAACCGCUACGGCACCUGUAUGGACAAACCAAGAUGUCUUUUAACAGGGGGAACUCCUUCUGGAAAAUGCGGACCUUUAUUUACAUGCUGCUCGUAUGACACCGAUUGCGUCAAAACCUCCGAUAAGAAACAGGCGUAUUUCGAAUCGAAAAACUUAAAUACCGCCGUGACUAAUUGCAAAUACACCAUCAAACUGAGAAGUAAAAACGUAUGCCAAGUGAGGCUGGAUUUCGAAGAGUUCUACUUGGCGCCGGCCGUAUUGACCCGAUCCUCCACCGAAUCGGACGUUUCGAUUUACAAGUGCGUCAAUGACGCCCUAAAGAUCGAUCCGGACACGUAUGGAGUUCCGGUCUUGUGUGGAAACAAUACUAGGCAACACUUGUAUAUUCAUUUAAACACCCCCACUGAACCACGCAGCACAGUAAGUCUCGACAUAAGCAUCGCGAAUCGUUUGAGUGAGGAUUACAAGAACCUACCGAAACCCACUUGGAAAAUCAAGUUUACCCAACUGGAAUGUCCCGUGAAGAGACAUAAGUUCGAUUUUUCCAAAUAUGCCGAAAUCGAGCAUGUUAAUGAAGAUUUUAGCGCGUUAGCUCCUCAGGGUGCGAUACAAUACUACACCGAAACACACGGCGAGAUCAGAUCGUUUGGUUUGGAUACGACCGCGCCCCUUAAAAGUGAGGAGGCCACCAGUUAUCCUUACUUGGAGCAUUAUAGUAUUGCCUUUAAAAGGCCCAAUAACGUUUGUGGGAUCAAGUUUACGCCUACUUACUUUAACGUCCUGAGGAGCGACAAGGAUAUAUGCUAUCACUACCUCUUUAUUCCGGAAUACUUUUCAGAGACCAGUUUAAGUAGCGCCGGCGCUGGUACAGUUUGUUCUGGAACUGAUCAACCAUUUUAUAGUCUGGUUCCUGGACCGCUUUACGUCAACUUCAAGUCGAUGGACACCUCGCAGUACGUCGCCCCCACAUUAGAAAAUCGAGGUUUCGUACUGAAUUACGAACUACAAGCGGCCAAUAGUUGCCCGUUAAAUAACAAUUUUUAA